AAGUCGUUCCCAGGACCCUGAUAGCCUUGCGUUCUCAACGUCAGAGUACUGCAGCGCUGCGACGAUAUCAUCCUCCUCGCCUGAGCCAUAUCCAGGAGGCAUUUGAGUAGUUGAUGGUGUAGAAAUGGACGGGUACCCUCCCUCCAUAUUCCGCUUGGUGCCUGACGAGGAACUCCUUGCUCCCCUGAUAGAAGCCUUUGCGCGAGCCUGUUUGCAGAUUCCCUCGUUGAAAGUGGCGUCUCUGAGUACUACCAUUGUUGUACCCCUGGAGAAUUGGAAGACAGCUGGACUGACGGACCAUCGGAGUGGGGCAUCUGGUUUGCCGCUCCCGGCGCUUCAUUUCACUGGCAGCUUCAGUUGGAACCUUCUUUUCGGGAUGACAUGGAGCGACGGAGACUGGUCUUCGACACGAAAUAUUGGCAGCCGGAUGAACAUCUCUGCAAUCUACUUAGAGGUAUUGGACGGGAAAGGUAUGGAAAGGUAUGGAAAGGGGCUUGUGGAGAAGCAUGUCGACUACUGGGAUACGAUUCAAAAACCUCAGCUACUAGAAGAUUACAGGAGGGUUGCAGGGUAAUCUACCUGUAGCAAGCAAACCUGGCGGCUGACGAUAAAUCAGAUGGCCUAGCAUUCCUUACUCUUCUCUACGAAGCUGAAGUCGUUCUCUGUCUCGGCAUGUGCCGCAAGCCCUACCUGGCAUGAUCGGCUGGCCAAUAUUCAUCGAUCGCGUGACCUUGGGUCCCAACAUCGCGACUUGAUUUGAAGCCCAGUCAAUAAAUCCAAUACGGGAUACCGCAGUGAGCAAAGGAAAAACCACUGCUACUAAAACUCUGCAAUGGUGGGCCGCCGUUGAUCUGCUCUACGGACCUCUUUAC